AUGAGAUGUGCAUUCCCUCCGUUCUCCAUUCCCGGAUUGAUCAACCCAUUCAACCCGGGACUGAGAUUCUAUUGGAAGCGACGUUUUCAUGACUUUUAUGAACAGUUUGGGUCCGAUACCAUUUCAGUUGUUCCAUGGCUUAUUGGACGGCCUCAAAUUAAUACAGUCGAUCUCGACGUUGCACGGCAAGUAGUCGCAGGUGGCGCUAAAGCCCCAUGGCACAAAGUGGAUAUCCCAAUCCUCGAUGAGUGGGGAAAGAACUUAUUUACUACGGAGAAUGAAGUGUGGCAGAGACAUAGAAAAAUUAUUGGACCUGCUUUCAACAAUGAUAUGUACUCUCUCGUAUGGGAGCGUACGAUACAGCUAUAUCAUGAUAUGAUGAAACAUGAGGAGUGGUCUGAUGCGGAGACCGUGCGUAUACCUGUCGUGCAAACUAUCACUUCCAAGCUCGCAUUUCUAGUUGUUUCUGUUUGCGGAUUUGGAAUUAAAACAUCCUGGUCGGAUUCAAGAAGGAUAAGUAGUAGCGAGAUGUCAAUCUCAGAGGCGUUGCACGUUUUCACCUCGUUGUCGCCAUUCAGGUUUACCCCGCAUUGGAUGAAACUACCCUUCAAGACACUGCGUAACAUGCAGACUGCGCGUCGGGUAUUGGACGUAUACACGAAAACGCAAGUGACUGAACGCAAGGCCUUGGUACGGGGACAGGUAGCAAUGAAGGAAGAAGGUGAUCGCGAUGUCUUCACAUUAUUAGUCCGCGCGAACGAGAUCAAUGCGAACUCGAUCCAGGAUAAGAAACUUAUGAUGACAGAUGACGAGUUGAUAGGAAAUGUAUUCCUUUUGUUGUUUGCAGGACACGAGACAACGGCCCAUGCGUUAGCAGCAACUUUUGCUCUCCUGGCAAUUCAUCCGGAGGUACAGGAAGACAUCUAUCAACAGAUCAUCGAAGUAGUUGGGUCAGAUAGGGAUCCGGGUUUUGAUGAGUACCAUAAGCUAAACAAAGUGCUGAACGCGUUCUAUGAGGCAAGCCGCAUGUUCCCGGCGUCCUACACACUUACCCGUAUAGCUACGGAGGACACUGCGCUAGUUAUUCCGAGUGUUGUUGAAUUGAAAAAAGAGACAUCGGUAGUGGUGCCGAAAGGGACGAUGGUGAUUGUCGAUGUUAUGGGAUUAGAAAACAACCCACGAUACUACACCAAGCCAGAGAGGUUCAUGCCUUCACGUUGGGAGGAUGUGAACCAGGCCGGUCAAGUGACGUCGUUUAGCUUUGGUCCACGCAACUGUAUUGGACGACGAUUCGCCACAACGGAAGCCGUCGCAUUUAUUACUAUGUGGUUACGCGACUGGAAAAUUGAGCCCUUGCUCAAUGGUAACGAGACGCAGGAGCAGUGGCGCAGAAGAGUUAUCGACGCAAAAAUCUCCUUUACUCUUGGGAUUCAAGAUGCACCGCUCCAGCUUAAGCGCAGAACUCAUCUGUAG